AUCGUGAUUUGUAUCUCCACUAGAGAACAGCAAACAACCAAUAGCGCGAAGGCAUGGCCUGUGACGUCAUUUUCAUGAGCCGGACGUAAAACCGUCCAGCUGAUGACUGUCAUGACAAACCACAUUUCUGUCCAAAAACACCCCCAGCAAGGCAAAACACGGCAAAGACACUGAAGAAAGUCUACAAAAACUAUUACAAAAAAAAUGCACGGCAGGGUCAAGGUCAAAUCCACCGCCCAGCAAGAGGAGGAGAAAAGAAAGGAACGCGAGAAGAAACUGAAGAUAUACAUUGCAGCAAGGGAUGCCUGUUUUUCCAAGAGGAAGGAGGGCGUGUGCGAUGAAGAGGCUCUCCACCUGACCCAGCAGAUACUGUCCUCGAAUCCUGAUUUUGCAACCCUGUGGAAUUACAGAAGAGAGAUCCUCACACACCAGGAAACGUUGAAGGAUGACGGUGAAGUGCAAAAGAUGUACCAGGCCGAGCUGUCCUUUCUGGAGUCCUGCCUGAAAGUGAACCCAAAGUCUUACGGCAGCUGGCACCAUCGAAGCUGGGUAUCGGAACGUGCGCCUCAAAUGGAUUGGGCCCGGGAGCUAAGCCUGUGCGACCGCUGCCUCGGCCUCGAUGACCGCAACUUCCACUGCUGGGAUUACCGCCGGAUCGUUGUCAAGAAAUCGGCCGUUCCCGUGGAAAAGGAGUUGGAGUUUACCCAUCGUCUGAUUGGCUCCAACUUUUCCAACUACUCCAGCUGGCAUUACCGCAGCACACUCCUGCCAUUGCUCCACCUGGAGUCUCCUGAACCCACCUCGUCUUGUUCCUCUCCGCCCUCGCCACAAACCCACUCGCAUCGCGUCUGUGAAGAACAGCUGCUCAAAGAAUAUGAGCUCGUGCAGAACGCUUUCUUCACCGACCCCAACGACCAGAGCGCUUGGUUCUAUUACCGUUGGUUGCUGGGCCGAGCUGAACGUGAAGAAAUGAUAAGCUGCGUUUAUAUCAGCCGGGACGAGGAGAGGGUGGCCGUCGCCUUCUCAAGGCCGGUCAAUGCUCAGUCUGGUGGCCUUCUGCUGGUGCUUGACGGUCAGCCACAGAAGGUGGGAUGGAGGACUGUCCAUCCACGUUUCAAACACAGUCCUGUCUGGAUAUGUGAUCUUCCUCCUGGAUCCAUCAGCGACCUCGCAAAUGAGCACAAUUUGACGGUGCACUGGUCUGAAAAAUACAUUCAUAGAGACUGUGCGCUGUACACAGGUCGAGCUGAGAGUUGGUGUCGUGACUCUGCCACUGAUCAGGAACUGUUCAGGAGCGAGCUUUCUGUGGAGAAGAGCUCUGUGCUGCAGUCUGAGCUACAAUCAUGUAACCAGCUACAAGAACUGGAGCCACUCAAUAAGUGGUGCUUGCUGACUAUCAUCCUGCUGAUGAGGGCGCUAGAUCCCCUCGGAUACGAGAAGGAGACUCUUGCUCAUUUCCAAACUCUCAAAGAAGUGGACUCAAUGCGCUCAGCCUACUACAGUGACCUGUGCAGCAAGUUCAUGAUCGAAAACACCAUUUUGAAAAUGGAGUACGCUGAAGUGCGCGUCUUCAGUGUAGCUGACAAGAACCUGACCACGUUGUGCCAUUUAGACCAGCUGCUCCUCGUUACCCAUAUCAACCUGUCCUCCAACCAGCUGCGGCUAAUUCCUGCUCACUUUGCCAUGUUGCAGUGCCUGGAGGUAUUGGAGGCUGAUGAUAACUCCAUAGAACACCUUGAAGGAGUCUGCUGCCUUCCCAAACUGGAGGAGGUCCUCUUGAAGAAUAACAAAAUCUCCACAUUGGCAGCUCUGCGGCCGCUCACAUCCUGCCCCAAGCUGCGGCGCCUGGAUCUCCGUGGCAACCCCGUCGCUCAGGCGGCCGGCGUGGAGUCGGAGCUGUCCGAGCUGCUGCCUACCGUCACAUGUCUGCUGCUGUGACGAGGGGCGGGAGUCGGGAGCCGUCACUCAAAGCGUUGCCGCCGACAGCGCCGGGCAGUUUGCGAAGGAGUGAGUGGAUGUUUUUUUCCAAGCGUGUUGUCACUUCCACUUGUUUGGUAGAAAUUCAAUCAAAACAGCCUCCACACGUCUCAAUGCCUCUGAAGGUGUAUAUCAAGACAACUUUAAUGAAAAGUCUAUUUGUUGUUUCUGAGUGUGUGUGUGAGUGUUUGUGUGUGUGUGUGUGUGUGUGUGUGUGCGUGCGCGUAUGAGUCACUGUUGCAUUUCUGAAAAUGUGCGUCUGAAUGAAGGUCUCGUAAUACCUCCAAAUGCAUGCUGAAACCCUCCUCCCCAAUCACGGAUGUAAUUGACUGUAUGUGGGUGCAUCAGUGUGGUCGUGGUUUUAUAAGCUUUAAAAUAAUUUGAAGCAACCAUAAGAAAACAGAAUGGAGCAGACCUAAUUCUGCAGCCAGAUCAUGAUUGACAGUUAAUCCUUGGGCCAUACUCGAGUGACUCAAAAGCUUUUUUUGAAUGCAAUCAUGGAUAAAUACACAGACAAGGGGCUGGUUGUUUUUCCCCUGGGCCUGCGAUAGUCGUGAAUCUAUGAAUUUCCAUCAGUGCGUUUGUUAAAGGGGAUCCGCACUCUGUUUUUAGGAAUUUUGCCAGUCCCUAUAUGAGACAAGAACACACAUCUUUCUCUUUUCUCUGUGUUAUAAAUCAUUAAAUACUGAUAGCAAGAGGAUAAUGAAGGUCAUGGGAUACGAUCUAUUUUGCCUUAAGCCCUUUAAAACAUCCAAUAAUGUUUCAUAUACAUGUUGUAAGUAUGUAAUGUACUAAAAGGCACAUUUAUGAUAUCAUGUAAUAUUUACAGUCUUUUUGUCAAUUUAAGCAUCAUUGAAAUUUAUUUGCAAUGAUUUCAAAGAUGCUCAUCAACAAAAUUUCCGUCCACAGAAAACUACUACAGUUGUCUCUUGGUUUUUUGCAUUAAUUACAUGACCGCGAUAAACGGCUUUACGAGAUGUUAUGAUGAUAAUAAUCAAAACAUUUUCAUAGAGCACAACAAAUAUAUUUUUUUAAAAUAUUAUCAGAGCCCUCAAUACUUACCGGUAGCCCAGAGGAUCCUCCAAGAGAAAACACAACCACAAAAACACAGCCAAGACGUGAAAAUACUUUGUCACAUCCUGGGUAAUUCCUCUAAGUUAGAACUAGGCUAUGAGUGUUGAAACCCCAGACGUACAUUGUUCUGCAAAAAGUUGUUCAACUUGACAGUCGUCACUUCGCCAUUAGCGUUCUGAGUUAGCAUUGCGUGUUUGUGUUGUCAUUCCACAUCGAUCACGUCAAAGCUGUGUUUAUGAUGUCGAAAAUGAAGUACAUCAAAAGAGUUCCUCUCCACCUAGGCCGGAAAGUUGCUGAUAGUUUAUAGCAGCCUUAUUUGCCAACUCCGAUGCUACUUCCAGCUGUUGUCGUUCAAGGUCACUCACCUCAAAGUCUCACCAGUGUGGAGAGGUGUUGUUGUCGAGGAAGGUGUUGAAAAUGAAGUUCAUCAAAAAGUUGUUCUGUCACAAGUUACAGUAACUUGAUAUUGUUUUUGUGAAGAUAGAGAAGCGCCAACACUAGCUGGCUAAUGCUGUUAGCAGUUCAACCCUAAAAUCGGAAGAGGAACUCAGUUAUAUAUAUAUAUAUAUAUAAAUAUGGACAGAAGAAAAAAAAAAUGUAUAUAUGGUAGAAAAUGGAUGUAUGGA